AGUGACUUGUUCACCUGUGCAGCAGUGCUCGACCUCUGAUUCCCUUCAUCAUCCGAGUCCAUUAAUAUUGUCCUCGCAUUUCAAGGAAUGUCGUUCUUCAAGCGUAAGGAGAAAAAUUUGAUUCCUCCCGUCCAGUCAGCAGUUUCCGCAUCAUCAGACGGUUCGCGAGGUCCAUCUCGAAGCACGUCUUCCCUCCCUAGUUACAAGUCCACCGCCAGUACCUACGUUGCCAGUCGCGAUGGGCCUGAUCCUUAUAAUGCCAUGAGCACCAGGACUCAGUCACAGAAUUCGUACGACAACUAUGAUACUUAUAGUGCCACUGCGGGUAAAACUCCUGAUGUCGAGGGAGAUCGGAACCGCAAUGAAUUGUUCGCUGGAUUCAAACCUCAGGGAAAGACAGGUUCUGGUCGAUACUUCGAUGGCCCCGCGCUAGGCAAAGAACCCUCUCCUGGGGAGGAGAAUGAUGAGGAUGUAGAAGGCAUCAAACAGCAAACCAGAUUCAUGAAGCAAGAGAGCGUCAACUCUACCAGGAAUGCACUGAGGCUUGCUCGGGAAGCGGAAGAGACUGCGGGAAACACCAUCGGAAAGCUCGGGGAUCAAUCUGAGAAACUCGCUAACACUGAGCGUCAUCUUGAUGUCUCAAAAGGUCACACCUUGCGCGCCGAAGAUCAGAUCGGUGAACUGAAGCAGCUCAAUCGGUCGAUCUUCCGCCCUGUCAUUACUUGGAACAAGGAUGCAAAACGCGCCGCUCAGGAAGAUAAAAUUCAGCAGCGGUAUGAAGAUGAAAGGCUAGAUCGCGAGAAGGCUAUGCAAGACAUCAGAGAUACUCAGAACCGCUUGGGACGUGCUACUACAUAUGGCCGUCAAGAUGAAGAAAGUCUAACAUCUGGAGGGUCAGGUAGAUUCCGCACUGAGGAACAGCUGGCCACAAGAAAGGAGCAGCGGAAGAGAUAUCAGUUUGAGGCGGGUGCCUCUGAUGACGAGAUGGAAGAUGAGUUGGACGACAACUUGAAUGAGAUAUCGACUAUCACCAAAAACCUGAAGGCGCUGGGUACUGCUAUGGGACAGGAGCUCGAUCAGCAAAACUCGAGACUUGUUACCAUCGAACAAAAGACGACUACCUUGGACAACAACGUGUUCAGGAACACUGAAAGGCUCAAACGCAUCAAAUAGAAUGGCUCUUUCUGUUGGGAACAAGAUGCUGUCUUUCACUGCUCUUCUGUAUUUAAUUCAUGGACAUUUUCGUAAAUGCUGUAGCGGACCCUAUACAUACCUUGUACACGUUAUAUAUUGAGACGCCACCAGGCUGACAUUUACAUAAAG